ACUAAUAACCAUGAAGUUCUUCAUUUUUACCUGUCUUUUGGCUGUUGCUCUUGCAAAGCAUAAUAUGGAGCAUCGCUCCUCCAGCGAGGACUCUGUCAACAUCUCCCAGGAAAAAUUUAAGCAGGAAAAGUAUGUGGUCAUUCCUACCAGUAAGGAGAGUAUUUGUUCCACAUCCUGUGAGGAAGCCACAAGGAACAUAAAUGAAAUGGAAUCUGCUAAAUUUCCCACAGAGGUAUAUUCUAGCAGCUCAUCUAGUGAGGAAUCUGCUAAAUUUCCCACAGAGAGAGAAGAAAAGGAAGUGGAAGAAAAGCACCACCUAAAACAACUGAACAAAAUCAACCAGUUUUAUGAGAAGUUGAACUUCCUCCAAUAUCUCCAGGCCCUUCGUCAACCUCGGAUUGUCCUGACCCCAUGGGAUCAGACUAAGACAGGGGACUCCCCCUUUAUUCCUAUUGUGAACACAGAACAGCUCUUCACCAGUGAGGAAAUCCCAAAGAAGACUGUUGAUAUGGAAUCAACUGAGGUAGUCACUGAGAAAACUGAGCUGACUGAAGAAGAAAAGAAUUACCUAAAACUUCUGUAUUAUGAGAAGUUCACCUUGCCGCAAUAUUUCAAGAUUGUUCGUCAACACCAGACAACUAUGGAUCCACGGAGUCACAGAAAGACAAAUUCUUACCAAAUUAUCCCUGUUCUGAGGUACUUCUAAGAUUCUUGAAUUAACUGCUUCUACUGAAUUUUGGUUUGACUGGAAAAUCUAUCUUCUACAGUUUCUUAUCUACCAUAUUAUUACAUAUCACCAGCAUGUUUGGAGAUGCCUAUGAACAAGGCCGAAGCAUCAAGCCAAAUGAAGACUGUGCAGAAUAUUUUCCGAAUUGUUUCUACUCUUCCUGUUAGUUCAUAUUGAAUACGCUGGGUCUGUAUCAUGGUUUCAUACAAACUGGGCUGAUGAUUAUUUAAGAUGUUUUCACCACUCUUUCUGAGUUAGAGAACCACAUUUCUUUUCCCCAAAAUAAAAUUUC